ACAGGAUAAACACCUGCGAGACCUCCAGAAUGCCCACAUGGCAAAUUUUGGAACUUCCUAACAUAAAAAAACAAAAAAAGAAAUAUGCAUAUACUCCUGAAAUCACUUCAAAAUUUUGGGGUGUUCUUCAUCACACUCGAAAUUUUGCAACUUUAAUCACCAAUUUUUAUCGCUGCAUUGCUAAGUGCUAGGCAUAUAGGUAGUUUAACACUUUUGCAAUUUGCGAACAUGAGUUUUGUGUUCCGUGGUAGCCGAGGGGAUUUCGAAAAUGGAUUUUCAGGACUUAUUCCAGAAAGGCGUUCAGUAAGAAUUCAGCCUGGUCGACCUUCAAAUUCUUGGGCAUUUCUUGUCACUGUGCUUUUGUUGUUCACAAUUUUGAACACCCAUCAUAUGUCACCUAAUUUUCUGCUCUGGCUGGUUCUUGGUGUGUUUAUGUUUGCAACUAGCUUAAGGAUGUAUGCCACGUGUCAACAGUUGCAAGUUCAAGCUCAAGCUCGUGCUGCAGCAGCUAGUGGCUUGUUUGGACACACCGAAUUCCGUUUGCAUAUGCCAUCGUCCAUAGCUUUAGCAAGCAGAGGGCGACUACAAGGGCUGAGGCUUCAGCUUGCACUUCUGGAUCGUGAGUUUGAUGACCUAGAUUAUGAAGCAUUAAGAGCACUGGAUGCUGACAAUGUCUCCAACAUUCCUUCAAUGAGUGAAGAAGAAAUAAAUGUCUUACCAGUCCACAAGUACAAGGUUACAGGACCAGAGAGCGAGGUUUCACAAUCACAAGAGGCUUCCCCUUCGUCAACUUCUACUGAGCUUAAGCAAGAUGCUAAUGGUGCAAAGGAUUCAGAAGAUGAUCUUGCUUGUACCGUAUGCUUGGAGCAAGUGAAGAGAGGAGAACUCCUGCGUACCUUACCAUGUUUACAUCAGUUCCAUGCCAAUUGCAUUGAUCCAUGGCUGAGACAACAAGGCACAUGUCCGAUAUGCAAACUAAUAGUGGGGUCUGGAACGCAAGAUGUCUUGGACAGUGCUCCGGGUAUUGCCGAUAUGGUCUAAACUUCUAUAUAUUCCAGUAUAUUAUAUUAGAUGUGAUAUUACCUGUACAACUCAAGGGCUCUCCUUCCUCGUCAUGUGUAUAAACUGUUGUAUGAAGUGGUAGAACUUGCAAUUAGUGCUCGACUUGCUUCAGCUCUUCAUAAUAGAGUAAAAAUUGUGAUCCCUGCAAUCACAUACGAGGGUCAAUAGCUUGUUAGCAUCGGAAUGUUUUUCACUCUUCGUAUGUUGGAAACUUGACUGAUGCUCUGCUGAAGAUGAUCUUCUCUGGCGUCAUAUAUUAUGUAAAGGCACCCAUAUUAUUACGCGUUAAGUUGUGCUAAUGAAGGAUCUGCAGAACUAGAUGAGAUACAUGAAGGUGGAAACCAGUUCGGUCAGGGCAACUGCGUCUGAACUCUUUAUCCAUCAUUGCUUCCAUCAACCAUGUUUGAAAGAUUGAGGUUACUGUAUGGCUACAUUUUUUUAUUUUUAUUUCUAGCAUUUUUAUUUUUUAUCUUUGGAAUUGAAAUUAUGUUUCAGAUUAGACGAGUCUUCCCCCAGAUAGCUGAUGGUGGACUAGCAUAGGAAUCAUGGGGAUGAAAACAGCAUGCUUCAUGCCUUGUUGACUGGUUUGAUUAAGUCUUCCUUUUUGUACUUCCUUUCUUUAACAUAAUGUCAUGUUCUUUUACGCACA